AUGUCGGUUUGUAUUUCCUCCGAUGAAUUCGCACUUCUAAGUUCUCCAAUUUAUAUUUCAUGCGUAUUACUUAACACAACUUGUGCAAUUUUAUCAGUGUUCCUAACAUUUUUCGCAAUUUUCAAACUUUUGAAACAAUCAAUAAUCCAGUCAUCAACCAGAUAUUUAUUAAUAAUCAGUUUAUUUUUUAAUUUAUCUCAUCAAAUCGGUUAUUUAUGUGUUAAGGUAAGUUACUAUACUAGUAAAAUAUAUAGAUUAUGUUUCUAGUUCAUCACAAUUUAUCAAAUAUUUUUCAAACUUGAUAAACCUUGCGAGAUCUAUACUAAAUUCACAGAAUGUGUUAUUUAUUCUCGUGGACUAUUGUUCGGCAUUUCUGGUCUGACAACAAUUCAAACAUCAAUGACUUUAGAUCGAAUUCUAUCUUUGAUAUUCUCAAAACUAUAUCGAAAAUAUCAAUUACCUUCAGCUAUACUUUUCUCAUUAAUCGCUAGUUUUCAAGCGUAUUUCCUAUUUGAUAUUUUGACAGCUGGGGAUAAAUUCGAAGAUUAUGUCUUCAAUUGCGCAUAUUACCCUCCAAAAAGUGUUCAGAAUUUCAAAAUAUUCCUCUCGGUUAUAUUUUACAUGUCAGUUGCUCAUAUUAUAAUCGAUUUUUCGAUUCUGGGAGCCUCGAUGAGAAAAAGAGAAAAAUAAACGGUAAAUAAAUAAUGGCUCAAGAUUUUUUAAAUUUGGGCCUUCCUUUUAGAUCUCUCUACAACAUUCAAGAAAAAUUCGAAUCGCGCGAAGAAAUGAAAUGCGCCCAAUCAGUUGUGCUCAUCUCAACAAUCCAAUUCACAACUCAAAUCGUAUUCUCAUUUACAUCAACCGCAUUUUCAGCAGGAUUUAUGACAUCAUUGAAUGUGGCAAUCAUUUCAGUUCUAACUUAUGUGAGUUUUCGGAAUUCAAAUAAUUCUAGUAAAAUAUUUUUCAGUCAGUUCCCUGGUUUUGUUUGGCUCAUCCAAUUCUAAUAAUUCUAAUGAUUCGUAGGACUAGAAUCGAGCGCCUUAAAAGCAUUGAAAAACUGCGAAACCAUAAAGAAUCUCAACAGGAUCAUAUGAGCAAGCUACAAAAAUCAUGGUCAUAAGCUCUUCUUGGAGAUGACAUAAAUAAUUGUCAUAAGCACUUCCUUGAUUCAAAUUCUGUACUAAAAGUUCAACUUCAAGUGGAUUCCUCAAUUUUAAUUUUGUUAAAAAAACAUUUUUUUUUCUGAUUUUUUUUUGCUUUUGCAAAUAAACCCUAAAGAUUUCAAAUUAUUUUCAUUAAUUGUAGUUAUUCCUCUUUAAACCAAAAAUCCAAAAAUCCAAACACUUACUCAUCGCCUCAAGAGACAUCUCAUCCACCUCCACAUUUCAUCACUUCCAAGAAAAAUCCAAAAUAGAUUUGAUAAGUCAGACAAAAAACACAUUUCUUUGCUCAAAGCAUAAAUUGUGUGCACUAAUCUAAACCUAUUCAAAAUUUGAUUACAAAUUGCAUGAGCACUUUGUUAGUCUGAUUUUUUGAAUCAUUCGUUAUGUCGGUGUGUAUUUCGUCUGACGAAUUGGCUCUUCUAAAUUCACCAAUCUACAUUUCAUGUGUUCUAAUAAACAUUGUCGCCGCAAUUUUAUCAAUCUUCCUCAUAUUUUUCGCAAUUUUCAAACUUUUGAAACAAUCAAUAAUCCAGUCAUCAACCAGAUAUCUUUUGAUAAUUAGUUUAUUUUUCAAUUUAUCCCAUCAGAUCGGUUAUUUAUCAAUUAAGGUAAGUUGCCAUACUAGUAAAAUGUAUUAAUUCUGUUUCAGUUGAUCACAAUUUAUCAAAUAUUUUUCAAACUUGACGAACCUUGUGAAAUCUAUACUAAAUUUACGGAUUGUUUGAUUUAUUCUCGUUCAAAAAUGUUCGGCAUCGCAGGCCUUGCAUUAAUCCAAACAUCAAUGACUAUCGAUCGAUGUUUAUCGCUGAUAUUCUCAAAAAUAUAUCGAAAAUAUCAAGAGAUCUCAGCAAUAAUUCUAUCCAUCAUUGCUGUUCUCAUGUCUCAUUUUUUAUAUGAUAUUCUAACUAUCAACGAUAAUUUUCAAGAUUAUGUCUUCAAUUGCUCAUAUUUUCCAACGAAGAGUAAUCAAAACUUCGAAAUAUUUCUCUCGGUUAUAUUUUACAUGUCAAUUGCUCAUAUUAUAGUCGAUUUUUCGAUAAUGGGUUUUUCCAUAAGAAAAGAGAAAAAUAAACGGUGAGUUUGUUUUUCUGGAAAAAAAAGUUAGCAUAAAUACUUGUAGAGGAAACUACAACAUGAAGGAAAAAUUCGAAUCACGCGAAGAAAUGAAAUGUGCUCAAUCCGUGUUCCUUAUCUCAACAAUCCAAUUCAUAACUCAAAUUAUAUUCUCGCUAACAACAAGUGCAUUUCCAGCAGGAUUUAUGACAUCAUUGAAUGUGGCAAUCAUUUCAGUUAUGACUUAUGUGAGUUUUCAGAAAAAAAUAGAUCUAAUAAAAUAUUUUUCAGUCAGUUCCCUGGUUUUGUUUGGCUCAUCCAAUUCUUAUAAUUCUAAUGAUUCAUCGAAUUCGAGUUCAGCGAAUCCAAAGCAUACAUAAAAUGAGAAACCAUAGGGAAUCUCAAAAGGAUCAUAUGAGUAAGCUACAAAAAUCAUGGUCAUGAUUCAGAAUCUCUGGAGAAUUACACAUCACUUCCUCAUUUUAUUUUCAUCCAUAAAUUAUUUCUUGUUAAAUAGUGAUUUCUGAUAUGUUUUGUGCAAGUAAUGCAGAAAUUGAAACAAUCGGUGCUCAUUUAUAUCUCCAUGUUAUAAUUUUCAAUGUGAUUCUUGCUAUUCUCUCAAUUUUUCUGAUUUUUCUCGCAACUUAUCAACUCUUGAAACAAUCAAUAAUUCAAUCAACAACUAGAGUUUUACUAAUUUCAAGUCUAUUUUUCGAUCUUAUACAUUAAACUGUAUAUUUAGCUGCGAAGUUCUCAAUGAUAGAUAUAAUUUAAAACAAACUUGAUAAACCUUGCGAAAUUUAUGUGAAAAUAAAAGAUUGUCAAUUUGUCAGCCAUGGUUUCUUAAUGAGUAUAACUGGCUUAUUUCUAGUUCAAUUUUCAAUGACAACCGAUCGAUUAUUUGUUCUAAUAUUUCCAAGAUCUCACAAGAGAUCUGAACAUGUUCUAUGUUGUUUUUUUCCAAGUUUCUGUGUAAUAUUCAGUUUUCUCCAAUACAAUAUUUUAACCUACAAAGAUCCAUUAGAAGACUAUGUUUUUAAUUGCACAUAUUACCCGCCAAAAUCCACAGUAACUUUUGCUUUAUUUUUCCAAAUAACAUUCUAUUCCGCUUAAUCUCAUAUUUUUAUUGAUUUUUCAAUAUUUUGGAAAGUUCUGCAAAACGAGAAGAAAAAACGGGGAUCUUAUAGUUUGACUGAAAAAUAUCGGGCCAAAGAGGAAUUGAAAUGUACACAACAAGUUGUGAUAAUUUCGACAAUUCAAUUUAUUACCCAAAUGUUAUAUUCGUUGAAAUCGGCUACAAUGCUGACAACUGGAUAUUUAUCAUCACUUUCGUCAGCCAUUUUAUCAUCUCUAACAUAUGUGAGUCAGAACUUCCGUUAUCUAUCCAAUACCUGGCCAUUAAGCUCACAAGCCUAAAAACUCAUUGCAGAGUCUCCCUUGGUUCUGCCUAAUCCAUCCAAUUUUCAUAAUGUUAAUGCUUCGAAAUAUCCGAAUCGAAAGGUUCAAAAGUAUACAAAGUCUCCGAAAUCAAAAAGAAAGUCAUGAUGAAUAUAUCAAAAAAUUAAAAAGUAUGUGGUCGUAAUGUAAUCUUCUGAAAAUACUCGACUACACGAAGCAAAAUAAAUUGAAAACACCUGCUGCUCUCCCUCGACUCUAGAAACCACAUUCUUGUCUAUUCGGCUUAAGAAUGAAUUGUGCUUCUCAAGAAUUCAUUGAUAUUUUGAGUCUACCAUCUUAUGAAUACGCAACAAUUCUGAAUAUAUUUAUCGCAAGUUUCUCAAUAAUUUCAAUAUUUCCUGCAUUAUACAAACUCCUGACACAAUCAAUAAUCCAAUCUGCCACUCGAAUAUUUCUAAUCACCAGUUUAUUAUUCAAUUUCAUUCAUCAGAUAACAUAUCUCUACUUGAAAUCAAUAACUAUUUAUCAAAUUCAUUUCAAACUUGAUAAACCAUGUGAAUUAUACACCGCAACUAUUGAUUGUGUUUUAAUUGGUCGUGGAUUAUUAAUUGGGAUAACUGGUCUAACUCUUAUUCAAAGUUCAAUGAGUGUUGAUCGAGUAUUAACUCUGAUCUUUCCUAAAUCCUACAGUAAACAGAAAUCUAUAAAAACCUCAAUAUUUCUCUCAACAAUCUGUAUCAUCUACAGUUAUUUCAAUGUCGACAUCCUCACUUUCAAUGAUCCAUUCGACGAUUUCGUGCCAAACUGCGCUUAUUAUCCCCCAAAAAGUCUAGACAAUUUCAAAAUAUUUCUCACAAUCACAUUUUAUCUCUCAAUCUUCCAUAUUUUCCUGGAUUUCAUAAUUUUGCGAUUCGUAGUGUUGAACGAAAAGCGCAAAAGAUUUCUAUACAGUAUGAUCAAAAAAUAUCGAGCGCAAGAAGAAUUGAAAUGCACUCAAUCGGUUGUAUUCAUCUCAACGAUUCAGUUUAUCACACAAAUUGUAUUCUCAUUUACUUCUUCGGAUACUGUGAGAAUCGGCGGAUUUUUAUCAUCCUCUUCGAAUGCUAUCAUGAAAAUUCUAACCUAUGUGAGUUUAGGAAAAGCUGUGUAAUUCCGAAACUUUUCUAUUCCAGUCAGUCCUUUGGUUCUGCUUCGCCCACCCACUUUUCAUAAUCUUCAUGUUGAAAAGAAUCCGAUCAACAAGAUGCAAAAAAAUCGAAUCACUACGAAAACAGACAGAAACUCAAGAAGAAUAUAUGAUGAAACUACGAAUUAUGUGGUCUUGA